AUAGGAGAAUAUAUACUUUUUUAUAUUCUUGAUAGCUGUUCAUAUGUAUAGUCGAAUUGACUAGCAGUAACAUGUUAUGCAGUAAAAGAUUAGUUAUUUGCAUUACACUUUGAUUAAUUGAUAUUGAAAAUAUCAAUAAUUAUGAUAUUAGUGUAUAUUAUUAAAGAAGAUAUUUACAAACUUGGUAUUGGCUUUAGUUAAAACGAAACUUCUGAAGUUGUAGCUCAUUAUAAAAGGAACAUAACAAAGUGAAUAUUUUUAAAAACAACAUGAAAAUAUGGCAAAUCUAUUAACUCCGUUUGUAUAUUGGGCUCAAACAGAAAAUCAAAUAACAUUAAAAGUAGAUUUAACUGAUGUCAAGGAUGUUAAUGUUGACAUAGAAGAAAAAAGAUUACAAGUUACAGCAUAUGGACAGGGUGCUAGAGGACUUAAUAAUUAUGGAUUUAAUCUUGAUUUACAUUCAUCUAUUGACUCUGAGGAAAGUAAUUAUAAAGUGAUAAAUCGACAAAUUGAUUUUACAUUGAAGAAGAAAAGUCCUGCUUGGUGGCCCAGAUUAACCAGUCAACCACAGAAGCCAUCGUGGUUGAAAAUUGAUUUUGAUAAAUGGACAAGUGAAGAUUUAGAAGAUAAUGAAGAUGAAAAACGAGAUAUAUGUAAUGAUUAUCCUGGCAUGUAUGACAAACUUCAUAAAGAAGAAUUUGGGUAUAGAAAAGAAAAUUUCAAGAAAGUAUAUUUAAUAAUUUACAAUCUUUGUCAAUUUGUUGGUUUUAUUUAUAUUCUCACUGUAAUGGGAAUAAUGUAUUCAAGAGAUGGACCAGCAUCUAUGAAAGAAACAUAUGCAGCUGUUGGUAAUGCAAUGAAAUUUAUACAACUUCUACAAUUUUUAGAAGUUCUGCAUUCAUUAUUUAGAUACACUAAAAGUAAUACACUUAUGUCAUUUAUACAAGUGGGAGGGAGAGCAUUUAUUUUAUUCUGUAUGAUCGAAGCUGAACCACGAAUGCAAACAAAACCUGUUGUCUUUUAUCUUUUCCAUGUUUGGAGUAUGGUGGAAAUAUUUAGAUAUCCAUAUUACAUUACACAAUUAUUAAAAAUAGAAAUUCCAUUUUUAACAUGGUUAAGAUAUACAAUAUGGAUGCCAUUAUACCCAUUAGGUUUUCUUUGUGAAGGUAUUAUAAUAUUGAGGAAUAUUCCGUAUUUUGAAGAAACGCAGAGAUUUACUAUAUCUUUACCUAAUUCUUGGAACUUUGCAUUUCAUUUUCCAUCGUUUUUAAGAAUAUAUUUAUUAAUAUUCUGUUUACCUCUUAUAUAUAUGUUAAUGUCUCGUAUGAAUCAAGCUCGCUAUAAAAAGCUAGGCAAACCUAAACUAAGAAAAAAAUAUGCAUGAUUUUUUAAAUAAAGUAGGGUCAAGAUUUAAAUUAUUAAUAAAUUUUAUUCAUUACAUAAUUAAUAAUGAAAUUUAGGAAAUAAUAAUAAUCUACUAUUGUAUAUACAUCUAUUUUACAUUUAGGAAGAGAAGCACAUAGAAAAUUCAAGAUACAUAUACCAAAUUUCUUAAUCUUAAUUUUAGAAGUGAAUUACCUUUAGAUUCGCUUAUAGAUGUGAUUUAAAUUUGUAAGAAUAUAUUAUGUUAGAGAAUUUACUACUAUUUAUGUAAAAAUAACACUGGUACAAGUAUAUUAAAUGUAUAUUUAUAUUAAUUUAUAAUUUUAUAUGUAUAUACAAUAGACACAAUGCGGUGAAAAGUGUAAUGUAUAAUGUCUUCUUUUUUCAUGUACUUUUAAAAUAUAUACAUAAUCAUUAAUAUAUUUAUGUAACCAAAAUUUGUAUAGCAAAUAUCUUAAAAUGCAUGUGAACAAACACUAUGAAUAUAAAUACAGCCUUCCAAUU